ACGAAACUCGUUUGCUGGUGUACGCGCAAUUUUACCCAUCACUGUAUCGGAAUCAAAUUGGACCGUUAAAAAUAUCGUCCAUGUGUGAUUGAUAUUUUAUAAAGAGAUAAGAAAAAAAACAAGAUUUUCAGUACUCACCGGCAAUGUGCCUAUUGGUAUACGUUCACGAGGUUAUGACCCGAAACCAAAGCAAGCUGUGAGCCGGUUGCGUAAAAAAAAAAUCCUACACCUUUUGUCCACAGUUUCACAGCUCAGUGCAGCAUACGACGAUGGCCUCGUCCGAACUAUCGACCGUUAAAACCAUCGCUCAAAUCAACGAUGAGGCGCGCCACUUUAUACUGGUGGCCGUUGUGAUUGCCAAGAGCAGUCCACGCUUUUUCAGCGGCCCACCAAAGAACAGGAAUUUCUUCGAACAGGAUACGACCAGCGACAGCGCCGGUCUCGAAAUGGCACGUGGUGUACUAACGCUAACGCUGCGCGAUUCGGCACGGGACACAAUCAACUGUACCAUCUGGGGUAAGGCCGACACUAUCGCGCACUACGACAACGCGUUCGAGGUUGGUGACGUGAUCGAUGUGAACCGGCCACAGGUUUCUUCCACGGUGUUUGGACGAUCGGAGCAAUAUUCACCGACCGUUACCUCGCCGUACUGUUUGACGGUAAACGAUCAGGCACAGCUGGCGCAAAUAGUACGCCACGAAGGAUCGCAGGAUACGGCACGGCUGCGGGCACUGCUGAGGGUACCGUUGGUGCAGCCCGGUUCGACGAUACCGCUCGCCGAUAUCGUUGCCAGCGGAUCCGGCUGCAAUGGGGAAACGUUCAACUUGCUCGUGGUGGUUCGUGCGCUGCGUGCCAAACGGGACGUUCGGGUGGCGCGAAGCAACGAGGUGAAAUCGUUCCGUGAGGUGGUACUGAUGGAUUGCAGCCAUCCCGGGGUGGUGAUGAAGUUCUGGUCCGAAAGCUAUAUCCGCUGGUCAGAGCGGUGGACACCGUUGCAAACGGUACUGCUGCUGGUGGACGCUAGGGUGGAGUAUAGCGAGUACUACAAAACCAUCUGUCUGGCCGUGGACAGGAAAACGAUCAUCACGCAGGAUCCCGAUCUGGCCCAGCUGAGCAAUCUUUUGGCUCAUGCUAGAAGCAUCCCCACGCAGGACAUCGAUUUGGUUUGCUCGCUAUCGUCCGGUUCCGUUGACCCCGCCACAAUAAGCACGGUUAUGACCGUGCAGCAGAUACUGGACCGAACGGAAGGUGAUCUGGUACAGGAGCAGGACCAAUUUACUGCCCUCUGUUACGCCGUAAUUACCCGACUCGAUCUCGACGGCCCGACGCGAACCGUGAGCGAACGUUGCGUGAGCUGUCGAGCGCUAGUGCGUGGACAGGAUGCAGCUUGUCCCAGGUACGACUGUCCAGCUGGUGGCCGAGAGCCGUUUUUCGAUCUUACCGUCGACAUUACGGACCACACGGGUACAUUGGCCGGAUGUCGGAUGGUUAGCCGGGUGGCCGAAGCUGUGCUUCAGUGUGAUGUGGCCAGCUUUAAGCGACAAACUGACGACCAGAAGACACACUUGAAGUGGAAAUUUCUGUUGGAUCGUUGUGCCGUGAAGCUGAUCGUAAAGCGACGCUCAGCCGUACGGUUUCAGAAUCUGUACUCCAUUGUGGAGUGCACGAUAGCGGAUCCGGCCGAGGUGGAGGCAAAGCUAAAGGUUUACUAGCGAGAGAGAGAGAAAAGCCAAACGGAAUUGUACCUCACGUUUUUGUCCUACAGGCAUUGGAGCAUUUAUUGGGGCCUAAACAUACUUAUUAAAAUAUUGCAAAAAGCUAACCUUAUCACAAUAAACACUGCAAAGCCGUUUGAAGUUGCACCUGA